AUGUUUAUCGGCCUUCUUCUUUUUCUGACGCUCUCUCUUGCGCUUGUUUCGUUUGGCUUUGUUGGAAGAAUGGUGGUCGGGGGCCUCAACUUCGGGCAGAUUGUCAUGGCGAGCUUUCAUGUCGUAAUCAAGGUGAUGGUCUUCGGCAUCCACGCUGUUCCCUUCCAUGGGCAUUUGGGACACAAUCAAUUCUGCAGGGUCAUCGCUAUCAUGCACCCGCUUCUUCCUCUUUGGCUUCUCCUCCCUAUUAAGGUCACUCUUCCGCUUCUGUUGUCGCUCGUCGCCAAAUCGAUGGUCCUCCAGGGCAUCAAUAUUGGGUUCAGCCCGCUCCACUUCGGGCUGACUGUCUGGGGCUAA